AUGACCACCAAUCUAAAUACAACCCUUCUACUUCAAAUCCUCCCUUUAGCAACCAGUACCGCAACUCUAGCCCACGCCCUUCUAGAGCUCCAUACCACCAGCGCAUUCCUGAUCCCCAACAUUCGCACGGCAUCUAACACCAUCCUUCCAACAUGGUUUAGACGCGUCUUCAACCGUGCGGUCAUUACAGUCGUGGGAUUGAAUAUGACCACUAUCGUUACUGCUGCGACGACCUUAUAUCUUGAUUCCUCGAGGAACGAAUUACGGACCACUCGGUUCUAUUGGAUGGGAAUUUUGGGUGCGAUUGGACAUUUGGCCUUUGUACCUCUUGUUGCCGGGCCUGUGAAGCAGGUUGUUGAUAAUCAGAAUAGACGGGAAAAAGGGAAGGAAGGUGAUUCGGCGAGUGCGUGGAUGGCGAAGUGGGUUGGUGUGCAUCGGGUGAGGAUGUUAGUAGCGGAUUUGCCUGCUUGGAUUUCAUUUCUUGGGGCCGUGUUGACGCUGUGA